GCCACCAUCACUACGUCACUCGUGUGCGUCGGAUGUUCCUCCACAACGUGCUGAAGGAAAUUUCACGUGUGAACGUUUUAAUCUUCCACCGAACAGACGGGAGUCGGAUUGAAAGUCUCAGAUCGGCUGGGAACCUGUGUAGCUCAGAGUCAUGGGUCGGAAGUUGGAUCCCACCACCUAUGUGAAGAGAGGACCUGGGAGAAAAUCCAGGAAACAGCAGGGAGCAGAGAAUGAGUUGGCCAAGUUUAUACCUGAUGAGGAUACUGACCCAAAACGUCUGUCAAGUAGAGGCAGGAAAAGAGCUGCAAAGAGAGUCCAGAAGGUGAAAAAGCCUGAAGAUGCUGCUGAGGAAAAGAGCAAGACAGUUUUCACUGAUGAGAACAGUAAAUGGUUGAAACCAGCAACAAGGAAGCGCAAAAUAGAUGACGCUGAAAGCGGGGACAGCAGUGAUGAACACUGGGAAGAUGAGGAAGAUGAAGAAGAAGAGGAGAAGGUGGAGCAGCAGCAGAUAAAGAAAGGAGGAAAAGACCAAGGAAAGAAGGGUGCAAAAUCCAAAAUUAAGCCAGUGGUGGAGGAAGUGAAGGAGGCUGAGGAUGAUGAAGCUGAGGAUGACGACGAUGCUGAAGAUGAUGAUGAUGAUGACGACGAUGAAGAAAUGGUCGAUGACUACGGAACUCUUGAUGACGUCAGUGGAGAAGCAGCAGAAGAAGAAAGCGAUGGAGAGGAGCUCCUUCCUAUCGAGCGUGCAGCAAAGAAAGAAAAAAAACUGAAGGAAAUCUUGGGUCUAGAGAGUGACGAAGAUGAUGAUGAUGAGGAAGACGAUGACAAAGACGGUGUAAAGGAAGCGAAAUCAGAUGAAGAUGAGGAAGACACAGUACAAGCCAACAUGGAUGAAAUGGAUAAAUUUAGGCUUCCUGGAGCAGAGGAGAGUGAGAAGGAGGGUAUCCUGAUGUGUGUGGACCUGAAAGAAAUUCAUCAGAGAAUAAAAGACAACAUCGACGUCCUGUGUAAUUUCUCAACAAAGCGCGAGGAGGGGAAAGACAGAACAGAGUACAUCUCUCUGCUGAAGAAAGAUCUCUGCACCUACUACAGCUACAACGACUUCCUCAUUGAGAAAUUAAUCGACCUCUUCCCCCUCUCAGAGCUGGUUGACUUCCUUGAGGCCAAUGAAAUUCAUAGACCCGUCACUAUUCGGACAAACACACUGAAAACGAGGAGGAGAGACCUCGCACAGGCCCUGAUCAACAGAGGAGUGAACCUCGACCCACUGGGGAAAUGGUCUAAAGUGGGUCUGGUCAUCUAUGACUCCUCAGUACCUGUCGGUGCAACACCGGAGUACCUGUCUGGUCAGUACAUGCUGCAAGGAGCAUCCAGUUUUCUGCCAGUCAUGGCUCUUUCUCCACAGGAGGGAGAGUUGGUGUUGGACAUGACUUCAGCUCCGGGAGGCAAGACCACCUAUAUUGCUCAGCUGAUGAGAAACACUGGGGUGAUCGUGGCUAACGAUGCUAACGCUGAUAGAUUGAAGAGCGUGGUUGGAAACAUCCACCGUCUGGGCGUCACCAACACGGUGGUCUGCAACUACGAUGGCCGGCGGUUCCCAAAGGUGAUGGGCGGGUUUGACCGAGUGCUGCUCGAUGCUCCGUGCUCAGGCACAGGAGUCAUCGCUAAAGAUCCAGUUGUGAAGACAAGCAAGGACGAGGCAGACAUCCAGCGCUCUGCUCACCUGCAGAAAGAGCUGAUCCUUGCUGCUAUAGACUCUGUCAAUGCUGCAUCGACCUCAGGAGGAUAUCUGGUCUACUGUACAUGUUCAAUAAUGGUGGAGGAGAACGAAUGGGUGGUGGACUACGCUCUGAAGAAAAGGAACGUCAAACUAGUUCCCACAGGACUUGACUUUGGCAAGGAAGGUUUCACCAGGUUCAGAGAACGAAGAUUCCACCCUUCUCUGCGACUCACUCGCCGAUUUUAUCCUCAUUCCCACAAUAUGGACGGGUUUUUUGUGGCCAAGCUGAAGAAGUUCUCCAAUGUUGUUCCAACCGAGGCAGCAGGGACAGAAGAAGAGAAUUCAGAGGCUCCUGAGUCGACAGCAGUUGCAGAAUCUCCGGAGACUAAACCAUCCAAGGCCAACAAGGCUGUCCCUGGAAAAGCAGGAGGCUUAAAGGGAAAAGCCCAAACCAAUGGAACACCAGGCAAGGAGAAGGCAAACCAGCCGAAAGGCAAAAAGGACUUGCCCAGUGGACCAAAAAAGGCAAAGAUCGCCAAGAUGGAUGAAGAGACUGUGAAAGGGUCUGAGGCCAAGAAGCCCAAAGCGAAGACUAAAGCAUCUAAGGGCAGCAAAAAACAAGGGGGGAAAUUUGAGAAAAAGAAGGGCAAGAAAAAAUCUCCCAUGAAGUCCAAGAAGAGAAUGGGAAAGAAUAAAUUCAGAAAGUUGAAGCGCAUGUUGGAAAAAAAUGAGUGAGUGACAUUGUAUUCAGUGUGUUGAAAUGUAAUGUGAGAGCUUUGAAAAGCUCUGUUACAGACCCAGAUCCUCUUCAACCUGGUGUACAGCAGUACUGCAAGUGUCACACAUAAUUGUAACAUGACCAUGUACAGAUGGAUUUGGCUGGUCAACGAUGUUCCGUAUAAGUUUAAUCCUCCCUUUUUUUAAAUUUGUAUUACAUAAUAUUCAUCGUGUUUGUUGAUUUAAAUGCAGGUUGAGACGACUUCUAGAAAUCUGUGAGACAAAAUAAAUUUUAAGAUAUUUUUCUCA